AUGGAUCAAAAUAAUCGCCAAAGGAGAAAUGAUUUAGAUAUAGAUAGUUUCCGAAGCGAUGAGCCCGGCUUUGAUAGAGCUCGAAUGCGAAGACAAUCUGGUGGCUUCGUGGAUUUAGGCAAUGAAUCACAAUAUGGUUCAGGCGGACAUCAAGCUUCAGGAGCUAACGAAAUAUUUGCAGACAUACAGGGUGAUGUACCAUGGUGGAAAUCAAACUUCUUUAUAUCACAACCAGUUCUCUUUGGGACUUGGGAUGGAGUGUUUACAUCUUGCCUUAUAAAUAUUUUUGGAGUAAUUGUAUUUCUAAGAUCUGGUUGGAUUGUUGGACAGGCAGGAUUAGUAAAUGCAAUUUUUAUAGUUCUUUUUACAGUUUUUGUAGCUCUGAUCUCAGUGUUAUCAGCAGUGGGUAUAUGUGAAAGAUGCAGAAUAGAGAGUGGUGGAGUGUAUUUCUUGCUUGCACACACAUUAGGGUCCAGGAUGGGAGGUGCUCUCGGCAUGAUAUACUGUUUUGGUCAGGCCGUGGGCUGUGCCUUAAAUGUAUUUGGUUUUGGCGAAUCAAUGGCUGGCUUUGUAGUUGCUGAUCCACUUAGUGAUACCCACAAGUGGGCAUCCCGAGGAUUUGCUAUAGCCGCAGUAUUGUUGCUGGGCACUAUAAAUAUAGCCGGAGUGAAGUGGGUGGUGAAACUACAAUUUGCACUGCUCAUGAUUAUUAUGCUCGCAGCUCUUGACUUCUUUGUGGGGUCAUUCACAACAGUACCAACUGAUACAGCACUUCAAUCAGAAUUUAAAGGGUGGCUCAGUGGAGUUGCAGCAAAUAAUACAUGGCCCGCUUACCAAGAUGGCUACACCUGGUUCAAAUGCUUUGGAGUAUUCUUCCCAACCAUCACUGGUAUAUUAGCAGGAAUUAACAUGAGUGGAGAUUUGAAAAAUCCCUCUGUGAAUAUACCCAAUGGAUCAUUGGCUGCGAUCAGUACUGGAACAUUUUUAUACCUGAUGUUUAUAAUAACACUGGCGGCUACUGUGACGAGGGAAGGCUUACUGCACAACCUGUCAAUCACAGCUGAUAUCUCAGCAGUGACCGUUCUAUUACUUGGUGGACUAUAUGUCAGUUCCAUGAGCUCUUGUCUAGGCGCCAUGUAUGGAACUCCUCGAGUCCUACAAAGUAUUGCAAAUGAGAAAGUUAUACCUGGACUUGCAUUUCUUGGUCAUGGGAGAGGUCCCAACAAGGUACCGAUAUACUCAAUGGUGGUAGUAGCAGUGGUCACCGUCACAUUCAUCAUCAUUGGUGACAUCAAUCAACUCGCACCCAUUGUCACUAUGCCGUUCCUCAUCACUUAUGCUUGCAUUGACUAUUCUUACUUUGCUCUCGCCCAAACUUUUGAUUUGCAACAUAGACGAGAAAUGAGAUACCAAGGUCAUUCACAACGUGAUACGCAAGUUUACGGCGCUACUGGCAGUGACCUAGACUUGCUGUUCCCAGAGAGAAUUAGACAUAAAAAUGUUGGGGACUUUACUCCAUCUCCAACGGACUCUGCGAUAAUGAAUGGCCGCAUGUCUAACGGAGAUGUACGACGACCUAGUGUUAGUGUACAUUCUAAGAACAAGAACUGGUACUCGCACCUUUGUAACAGAUGGUUGUCCCUUGUUGGGGUGGCAAUAAAGCUAUUGUUGAUGUUUCUCGUCCACUGGGGGUAUGCUCUCGGCUGCCUGACUAUUCUGUGGCUGUUCUGGCUUUACAUUGGUGCCGCCAACCCCGCACUCAAGCCCGGACGCGCUUCAGAGUUCCGGUUCUUCCAUUGGCUUAAGAUUUCUUUCCUACAGUUAAUUGGGAAACGCCCCCUAGAAUACGAACAGUUGGUUGUGACACCCGUACAUGCAGACAUAUCCGUAGAACAAGAGAGAUUGAACGAUGACAACGAAGACUUCGCAUCAAGGCGUCGGUACCACCAAUCUACUGCGUUACAAAGUCAUCUGGUCAGCGUCGAUAGCUAA